CACAUUCACUUAAAGUGACAAUUUGACAGUUUGAUUGCUCGAGCAUAGCUAAAAGUGAAAUGAGUUAAAAUAAAUUAUAAAAAAUAACCAUAAAUAACUCAACUACAUCGUAUUAUUUUCAUUCAGUGAAUUAUAAUAGCUCCAUAAAAACGAUUAAAUAACAAUUUUACUAUAAAUUAUUGAAGCUCAAAGUACCUAUUGUCUGAACUUGUGUUAUCAGUUUGUGUUUGUUGUUAAGAUAAGUUUAGUAGAAAUGACGGAUAAUAAGACGUUAGCAAUGGCUAAUGCAAAUGGAAUGAUGGAUAAAUCUAAAGAGCUUCAAAAGGAAAUUCUCAUGGAAAAGUUAAGAUCAAAAACGUCACAGUAUAAAAAUUUAAGUGAAACUUCCAAAGCUGUCCGCAUGGCUAUGCUCGACAAGAGAUGGGCAGUUGACAGUGCUGACCGCAUGAUCCUACAAAAGUGUCUAGACAGCCUACAACACUGCAUCAAAGUGAGCUCUUUACAGAGCCUUAUUGAAAGAUUAGAAUGUUUAUCAAGGCAACUGGGGUUAAAGUUUGUGGUAGGAACUUCGGGUGUGAACUUAUUUAUAUCGUCAGAUAUGUUUUAUUUAGAAAUACUAGUAGAAUCAUCAGGGUCAGUGAAGGAUGUCAAAAUACAUCACGAGGGAAAGAUAGAGCAGCAAAGUUGUGAAGAGCUGGUUCAAUGUAUUUCACGGGGAGACUUUGCCGAUUUCACCGCCCAACUAGAAGGCCUUACUGCAGUUUACCAAUUAAAUGCUGAAAAAAAAGUAAAAUGCAAAGCAUUUAGUGCACUACAAAGUCUAGAAGAAGAUUUAUAUUCAUUAAGACAAUUACAGAGCUUUAUUAAGGAUCCGUGGGUACAAGUACAUAAAAGUCCCAUAGGAUUCCUACAGAAGCGAAGAGGAGGUCACGCGAUGCGUCUUACGUAUUUCGUAUCACCUUAUGAAUUACUAGACAAAGAUAAAGGGUUACAACCACUGACAGUGGACUUGUUGACAAUGGGAAAGCCCGCUGCUUCCAGUGGACUGGCUUCCCUAGUAGCGCCCUCUCACACACCAAUUGGUCACUCAGCAACAGUGCUACUAGAAGGUUCUACAGCCAAUAAGCUUCAACUUUCACCAAUUAUUUCCGGUGGUCAAAGGCCAGGGAAAGGAAGUGGCCCAGUAUAUGCCCCGCUAGUACCGCAAAACAGUGCGAUGCUACCAGCUUGCUUCACUCUAAAACUGUCACAGCCCACACCCUUGUGUACUGGACUUGCAAAACUUAUUCAUGCUACAACCGAGGUGGAAGUUGCUGGAGAUUGGGCAAACGCUAAACCUAUGUUGGGACUAGUUGCUCAACAGGCAUACAACAAACUCGCGCCAGGCAAAACAAUAGAGUUGAAUCUCAGCAAAGGGCUUUUUGUUAACCUGCCGGAGCAGUGGCAGUGCUACUUCCUGUGCGAGUCGCGCGCGCUGGACGGCUGCGUGGUGAGCAGCGUGCCCUUCACGCACCCCUCGCACGUGCCGCCGCUGCUGGCGGCGCUGCGCCAGCAGGCGCUCUUCAACACGCUCGUCGCCAGCUGCGUGCGCCUGCAGACCAAACAGGCGAUGGAACCGGAGAGCGUGCUGAUGUUCGAGGUGAGCGCGCUGUCGUGGCAGCACAUCUCCAUCUCGCUGGAGCACCCGCUGGACGAGAGCAUGGCCACGGUGGAGCUGGAGCUGGGCGAGCCCGCCGCGCCGCGCGCCGCCGUGCACGCGCUGCACGCGCCGCCGCGCGACCACGUCGACGACUACAUCACGCGCGUGCUGCAGAAGAGCCACUCCAUCCCCGUCACUCUCAGAGCGCUAAUAAAAAUCUGGGAAAGAGAAGCUGUAACAAAGCAGAUAAAUGGCGGAUACUCCUCUUUGGAUUCAAAUUUUAGCUGUGGCCUGGGGGGCAUCGACCCCGGGGGUGACGUAAAACAUGAGCCUGGAACCAUGCAUGGUCGGCUCUAUCCGUCCAACGUGAGUCAUCCCCACCAGGGAGGUGCGUAUCUUUCUGAGCAGCAGCAUCACUUAUCCAUGAUGUGCCAAGAAUCUAAUACUACUGAAUUGAAAUCCCAAAUAUCCGAAGACCGAAAAUCAAAAAAGCGCAAGUCGGAUACAACUUUAUGGCCAUCUAACCAAAAAAAGGGCAAACCAGGCAUGAACGAUAUGAUGGAUUCUGACAGUGAAAGUGAUAAUUCAGAAGGUUAUGGUAAUGAUGAUAACACUAUGAAUAGCAACUCAACAAAUGAUGAUAUUGAAGGUCGUGAAUCGUCAGUAUCUCAAAACGAAUUUGCCUCUGACUUGGAACUUUCUGGCAUGGAUGCAACUGAUGCACUCGGGGCACCAGAUAACAGAACUUCAUCCGAUUUGGAUAAUUCGAAUGACGGAGACGUUGAGGACAUAAUCAGGAAUUCUUUUCACAAGUCUGAGCACAAAAGGCAAAAACUUAAAAACAAGGAGGAACCACGAAGCGGCAGAAGUGCAUCAUCAUUGCUUUUAGAUCUUACGGACGGAAAGUCUUAUAUGCCUUCUUCAGUAAGCAUUACACCUAUAGGAACCGGUUCUUCUAAUACGCCGAGUUCAGGAUCAAAUAUUUCGUCAAUGUUAUGUCUUGACCGACGACCAGGCAUAGAAAUUAUACCAAUAACUGCUGCUGCACCAGCAGCUCUACCCAGUUCCAUUACAAUUACGCCUAUCACAUCUUCCCAAGUAAAAUCACUUGACGAACGUAUUCGUUCUGAUAAAAAAUCUAGCAAAUCGGGGGAAGAGCGUAAUAAAGAAAAGAAGAAAAAACGACGUAGGGAUGAUUCUAUGGGUCCGCCAGAAAAAAUACCACCUAAACAAGAUCCUUUAACAAAACCUGUUUCCGUAAGUAUAAAACCUACUGAUGGAUCGCCAAUGCGCCCAACUUCCCCAAACUCAAUUUUACGAAAAUUUAGUCCUAGUCCAACUCAUGGAAGGUCAGUAUCAAUCACGAAAUCGCCAAGUCCCAGCAGUGUCAAAGGUAUGGGAAAACCAUCAGGCACCUCGAGUCACCAUAGUAGUCCAAGACAUUCGCCUGUACAAAACAGUCCUAAACAUCUUCCUGGUUACUCGAGCCCAAAAAACCACAGUAUUUCCUCACCUAAACAUAGUUCAUCAGGUUCCGGGAAACCAAGCAUGUCAACACUCAAAUCUGCAACUAGUGGAUCCCCUUCCGGGAAAUCAGGUACCACAGGAUAUGAUUUAUCAAAAAAGAUUUCAAAAGAGAGCUAUAGUUCAAGUUCAGUGACAUCAAGAGAUAAAGAAAAGAAACAUUCCAGUUUGUCUUUUUCCAGUUCUGACAGAAGCAGCCCAAAAUUAAAAAACCCCAUGAAACUAAAGCAGUUAGAAAUCACUCCAGUCUCGUGUGAUAGUCCCGUGACUGAACCUUUAAUAUCUCCCCCUAAUAUUGAAGUAAAUAAAUCCAACGCUCCUAGUCAAGCUCGAAAUAGAAAGGGAUCCCUGAGUGCAGUAAUAGAUAAAUUAAAAUCUGCUCAACAUUGUGGCACAGACACUGAAAUAACUGUAAAGUCUAGUUCAAGUAGUAGUAGCAAAUUUUCUGAUCCAAAAACCAGUAGUAAUAGUGGAAACCUUAAGACAAGCGAAAGUAAAAAUCCAGAGUACAUGGUAAAACCGAGCUUAGAUGGUAUGAAAAUAACUAUAAAUAAAACAAGGACAAAAGAAUCUUCAAGCAGCAGCUCUAAAUUAAAUUAUUCUAGCUCUAGUUCUAAUAAACAAUCUUCUCCUCAACUCACUCCACCCAGUCAGGGUUCUCCAAAAACACAUACUGGACUUAAACCAGGUGUUAUUAGCGGACCGGCCUCAAAGAAAACGCAAGCUAUGCAGUCUUCUAAAUCUGCUAGCAUGACAUCCAGUUCAACUCCUCCAAAGACAAAUAUGAGUCCUUCCGAACAAUCCGGUUCCAACAAUAACAGCAAUGCCCCGAAAGUGCCUUAUUCAAAGUCAUCUAUGAGUAGUUCUACAGGUAUUAACUUAUCCAAAUCAGUAACCAAAUCUAGUUCUGGGUCCCCAAAAAGUAGCAGUGCGGAUAUUGCAAAAAUUAUAAGAGACAGAGAAAGAGAAAAGGCUAGAACUAAACUUAUGAGUAAUUCAGAAAAAUCUAUUUUUUCAUCAAAAUCCGAGCGACAUUCGAGCCCUAGUAGUUCAAGGGAUGAUGUAGAUGGUGAUCGUUUUAAAAAUUCUUCUAAAGAUGCAAAUUUUCUGGUUGAAGGUCUAAUUAAGCCUUUAGACACUAGUAAAUUUCAAAUACCAAAAUUAAAAAAUCAAAAUACUCCCGAUAAAAACAGUCCAGUCUCUCAAUAUGAUAGUCGAUCAAUGGUCAAUGACUUCGCCCGAUCAAUGGACCAAAAUAAGUUUACAUUUUCUCACUUUGAUAAUGCAAAUAGAAGUGUAGACUCCAUACAGAAGUCAGCCUAUCCUUUAAAUGUUCCAAAACCUCUUUUAAAUAUGGGUGGAUUAAGUCCGAAAACAAUUCCUACUGGCAAGAAUGACCAGUCUGAAUAUUCUAAAGCAGUUUCAGAUAGUAUAUCAAAAGGAGAAAGUCCCCAGAGAAGUAAAGAUGAUUCGAAAGAUGGUUACUCGACGUCAUAUCCUUUAAUGCCUUUAGAUUACAAAACUGAUAUGGCUAAGGGGUUUCCAGCACCCAAGGGUAGUUCCGAAGACCGAAAAGGUGCUGAUUCCUGUAUGAAACCUCCAGCAAGUGGAUCUGUUGCGCGAAGUGGAGCAACAACUCCGCAAGAAGCAGCUGAAAUGUUAUUAGAUUUCUCUUCUUCCUCUGGAAGUAAAGUUUCGGGUUUGGUUGCUGUUAGACCAGUCUAUCCUGCAUCUCCUGCCUUAUUACAGCUAGCCAAAAGCCCAGCGCCCUCCCCUUUAGUUGCACCCUCUCCUCACUCUAAUUCGCCGUGCAUUACUGACGAUGAAUUAAUGGACGAAGCGCUGGUAGGUCCCGGUAAAUGAAAGUAUACACUAUCAAAAUUCGGAUAACUCAAUAAAAUGAUACAAAAAGCCUGUUA